UAUUCUCUCCAUUUUCAGUUUUCCAAGUUUGUUAAGAGCAAAAGGUGGAGUAGAACUUAGGUUAUCCCCGAUCCUCGGCGAUUCCCCAGGGUCUAAGAAUUCCUCCUCAGCGUUUCCAAUUUCUGGAAAGUUUUCUCAUUUUCCGAUUUCAUCCAUCAUUCAUCACACUGCCACCGUUUCCGCCGCCUUCCUACCUUCCGAUCAACCCUCCUCUGCCUUAAUAUGGUCUUGGUUUCUUCCAGAAAUCGCUAUUCUGUAAUUCGACAAUUGAUUCCUACCUUUCUCCUUUGCUGUUGCUCAAAUUCGGGGGAUUAGGGUUUCUGUUUGAGGACUCUGAAAUUUUCCUUAUUGUUGUGUCUUGUUAUAGAUAAAUUAGGAGAUUAGGGUUUUUAUUUUUAUUUUUUUGCAUAUUUGGCUUGGCUAUAGAAGUGAUUUUUUUUUUUUUUUUCUGGGGCUAUGUGUAUUGAAGAAUUGAAAGGGGAAGAAGAGGGGGUAGAGAGAGUUGGGGAAGAUGAAAGUAGGAACCUUUGUUCAAAGGGCAGUGCUUUGGUCACCAAUCAUAGUGUUGUAAUAUUGGAUACUAAGAGAUUAUUGGUAGGGGCUGGGGCUCGUGCGUUAUUUUACCCAACCCUGCUCUACAAUGUUGUUAGGAACAAGUUUGAACCCGAGUUCCGCUGGUGGGAUAGGGUUGAUGAGUUUAUUCUGCUAGGUGCUGUUCCUUUUCCUUCUGAUGUUCCUAGGCUAAAGGAGCUUGGAGUUCAAGGAGUAAUCACUUUAAACGAACCAUAUGAGACUCUGGUCCCGACAUCGCUUUAUAAAAGUCAUGGCAUUGACCAUUUGGUGAUUCCUACACGAGACUACUAUUUUGCUCCAUCAUUAACCGAUAUACAGCAAGCAGUGGACUUCAUUCAUCGAAAUGCUUCUCAUGGUCAAACUACAUAUGUUCACUGCAAAGCUGGUCGUGGCCGGAGUACAACCAUUGUUUUAUGUUACCUGGUCCAACACAAGCAGAUGACACCUCAAGAUGCAUAUAGUUAUGUGAGGUCCAUAAGGCCAAGGGUGCUUUUAGCCCCUUGCCAAUGGCAGGCUGUUCAAGAAUUCUACCGUCUUAACUUGAAGGGCAGCAACAUGGCUGACCUGGUUAUAAAGACUCCAAAGUAUACUCAAGAUCUUUUGGCCUUCGAUGAAGGCUCUGUGGUAGUGGUAACAGAAGCCGAUCUUGACGGCUAUGAUCCAUCUCUUGAAUCUACUGCUGUUGGAAGUGAGAUAUGGGCAGAUUUAAGAAAGGUCGACCGAGUUAGGGUUGUUGGUCAGGCAGCAAUGGCAAGGAUCUCCUGCCUUUGGCUCCGCUGUCGGGCUGAUGAAAAGGUUUCAGCCGAGAAACUGGUUAGGGAGAACAGCUGCCUCGGAAGUUUUAGUGUAGACAUUCAUGUCUACUGAAACUACACGCGAGGUUCAGCAAUUUUUAUGUUUUAUACUUCGUACAUAAGUGCCAAUAACAAUUUACAAGGCACCAGAGUUAUGUUUCCCUUGCUCUUUGUAAAGCCAGUUUUUUCUUCUGAAUCAAAUUGAAAGAUGCAU